UCUUAAAUAGCCAAGUCCCUGAUAAUUUAAGUAAACUUGCAAAAUGUAAACAAGUUCUAGUCUAUUAUAUUGAGUUCUAUACCGCGCAUGCGCAGUUCGGUGCUAAGGAAGAAAGGCGAACAUGUCUCUGACGAGCUUCUUGCCGGCGCCCACGCAGCUGUCCCAGGACCAGCUGGAGGCGGAGGAGAGGCUGCGGGCACAGAGGUCCUACUCCACCGCCCUGGUCUCGUCCCGGAGAGAUCCUCCUCCUUACACCGGCAGGAAGAGCUGGGUGCCGCGGACCCUCGAGGACUUUGGAGAUGGAGGAGCUUUCCCAGAGAUCCAUGUGGCCCAGUUCCCCCUGGAGAUGGGCAGGAAGAAGAAGACGUCCAAUGCCUUGGCAGUGCAAGUGGAUGCAGAGGGAAAGGUCAAAUAUGAUGCCAUCGCCAGACAAGGACAGGGAAAGGAAAAGGUGAUAUUCAGUAAGUACACAGACCUUCUUCCAAAGGAAGUUCUUAAUAAUGAGGCUAAAGAACUACAGAAGCCUGACGAAGAGGCUGUUCAAGAGCUGACAGAGAAGACCCGUGCCGCCCUGGAAAAGCAGGUGUCUCAAAAGAUUGCUGCUGCCAUGCCCGUAAGAGCUGCAGACAAACAAGCUCCGGCACAAUACAUCAGGUAUACGCCCUCCCAGCAGGGUGUGGCUUUUAAUUCAGGUGCCAAACAGAGGGUGAUCCGUAUGGUGGAGAUGCAGAAAGACCCCAUGGAGCCUCCUCGUUUUAAAAUCAACAAAAAGAUCCCCCGAGGACCUCCGUCGCCCCCCGCGCCUGUCAUGCAUUCUCCAAGCAGAAAGAUGACAGUCAAGGAGCAGCAGGAGUGGAAGAUUCCUCCCUGCAUCUCCAACUGGAAGAACGCUAAGGGCUACACCAUCCCUCUUGACAAGCGUCUGGCUGCUGAUGGAAGGGGUCUGCAAACGGUUCACAUUAAUGAAAACUUCGCCAAGCUGGCCGAGGCCCUUUAUAUAGCAGAUAGAAAGGCCAGGGAAGCAGUGGAGAUGCGAGCUCAAGUAGAGAAGAAGAUGGCUCAGAAGGAGAAGGAGAAGAAAGAGGAGAAACUGAGGGAGCUGGCCGCGAUGGCUCGAGACCAGAGGGCGGGGAUCAAAAGCCACGGUGACAAGGGUGGCGAGGACAGCGAGGCCAGGGAGCGUGACGUGAUCCGCCAUGACAGAAGGAAAGAGAGACAGCACGACAGGAACAUUUCCAGAGCGGCUCCUGAUAAGAGGUCGAAGCUACAGAGAGAUCAGGACAGAGACAUCAGUGAGCUCAUUGCUCUGGGCAAACCCAACCCGCGUUCCACGAGCGACGCUCAGUACGACCAGCGCCUCUUCAACCAGAGCAAAGGUAUGGAUAGCGGUUUUGCUGGAGGUGAAGAUGAAUCAUACAACGUGUACGACCAGCCGUUCCGCGGCGGCAGAGACAUGGCCUCCAACAUCUACCGGCCCAGCAAGAACAUAGACAAAGACACGUACUCGGACGACUUCGACUCACUCAUGCGGAACAACAGAUUUGCCCCAGACAAGGAGUUCUCCGGCGCCGACCACGGCCAGAGGCGGGAAGGCCCCGUCCAGUUUGAGGAAGAUCCCUUCGGUCUUGACAAGUUCUUGGAGCAGGCCAAGCAGCACGGCGGCUCCAAGAGGCCGUCCACCAGCAACCGCUCAAAGGACGACUACCACGACAAGAAACGCAGGAAGGAGUGAGCGUGGCUGGGAGCAGGGCGCAGACACAACACCUGACGGCUUCUUAGAAGAUGAGGCUCUAGUUGCAGCACCCCACAUGUGGAUAGGAACAUUUGUACCAUACAAGAGGAUCAUAAACAAACUGUCAGCUUUUUGUCUUUCAUUAUCAAAGACGGUAAAAUAAAGUGUGAAUUUCAGCUCUUUCCUUUUUAUUUCACUAUAAUUACAAGGCAUUUUUAAAUUUAUGUUGAACACUUAAACGUCUAGUUAAAAAUGAUAUGAAUGGACAAGUUAAAUACGACACCAGUGGAGCUUAAGUCAUAAUUGUGUUAGAUCUGGUCUGUGCAGGGGAGCCGGGGCUAAUGCAGACAAAUCCUGGAGUAUUUGGAACGUAUGAUUUGUAUUCUUUCCCUUUAUUUUUGUCUUGUUUUGCUAUUUUAAACACAAUAUUUUGAUUGGGAGAUGUAGUCCAAACAAAACUCAGCUUAGGUAUUUCUGUUGCUGUUUGAUCUUUUCAGCUCACCUCAGUUUUACUCCCUCUUCAUUUGCGAGCUGUUCUUUGAGACCCUGGUAUAUUUGUUUUUUUUUUAUGAUUUAUUUUCAUUUUGAUGUAAAUCAAACCAGCUUUAUAAAUCUUGUACAUUGCUACCGAUGGAAUAAAUUUCAUUGUGUGUAAAUGGA